AUGAGCAUAUGGUUGGUGUUGGAGCAGUGGGAGGCAUGGGCUCGGUCGGGAGGCUCGUUCAGUUGGGAGUCUGACGCGGUGGCCCUGCUGUGGCAGUACGACCACAUCUACGUCGCUGCCGCCAUCGCCUACAUCCCGGUUGUUUUUGGUCUGCAGGCGUACAUGGCCGAUCGCCCACCGCUCUCUCUCAAGCCGCUGCUUAUUAUGUGGAACUUUGUCCUCGCUAUCUUCUCCAUCGUCGCUGCGGUCCAGCUCAUCCCCAUCCUCCUCAUGCUGCUUCUUCGCGAUGGCUUCCUUAACUCGGUGUGUGAGACGGCGCACUACGAUCUGCCGUCGUCGUGGUGGGUCUACCUCUUCGGCCUCUCCAAGAUUGCCGAGUUUGUGGACACCAUCCUGCUUGCGCUACGGAAGAAGCCGAUCAUCUUGCUACACUGGUACCACCACAUCUGCACCCACCUAUUUACCUGGCUGUGGCAGGUGACGACGUACAAGACUAACGGGUCCGGCUACUGGUUUGCCACCAUGAACGUCGCCGUCCACUCGUUCAUGUACACAUACUACGGCCUCACCGCCAUGGGCCACUACCGGACCAUGGCCAAGCUCAAGCUCAACAUGGUUCUCACCCUCACUCAGCUGACCCAGAUGGUCAUGGGUAUUGUGGUUCUGUUUGCCAUGCGCUCCUGUCCGUCGGUCCAGCCGUGGUCGUUCUACAUCGGCCUUGGGAUGUACUUUUCUUACUUUCUUCUCUUUGCCAAGCUCUUCCUCGACAAGUACAUCUCGCCGCCGCCUAAGCGCUCGCUCCGCAGAGCCUCGCAGGAGACCCAAGACCCUAUCGUGCUUGCUGCCUCUCCGACCUCGCCCAUCGCCCGCAUCAAGACCGACUAA